AUGGUAUCGGCGGCACCAUCGAAGAGUGAUGUUGAGGUUGGAACGCCGGAUAAAGACACAUCUUCUGAUGGAGGAACGCCGGAUGAAGGCGAAACUGAUGAAGAUGGCGAGGAACCAGGUAAAGAUUCCUCUGAAGAUGACAACCAGAACCAGGAAGCUGAAACGACUACUUCCUCAUCCACUGUCAUUGCUCCUUAUUUCGCUGUUUCGGCUACUUCCUUGCUAAUUUAUUUGUUUACGAAGUUAUAA